AAGGCUGUUCACAUGGGGCGGCCGGGGCCAGCGACUACUGUGUGACCCAUGGAGGAGGGAAACGGUGUACGGUUCCACAGUGUUCUAAGGCCACCUGUGGUAAGUCGGACAGAUGCUUCGAGCACGGUGGAGGCCGCCGAUGUGGUCAUCUAGGAUGUAACCGAGGAGCGGUAGGUAUCACCGAGUACUGCAUUAGGCAUGGUGGCGGCAAGAGAUGUGA